AUGCCUUCGCUGGACCGGCUUCCUAACGAGGUGUUGCAUACUAUUGCUUCUUUCCUCCACAAGAAAUACGAUUUAGCUGCCCUAUCACGCACCAACCGACACUGCUACGACAUCACAAGCCCGAUUCUAUGGAAACGCGAAGCUCGAUCGGAUAGGCCGGGUGCUCUUCACUGGGCUGUUGAUAAUGGCGAAAUGCGAGUCUUGCGCCGAGCUCUUGAAGCUGGUGUUGAGCCCUCACGUCUAGCCUACACCCACAGGCCCAAGCCACGCAUCCGACCUGAGCAUAAGUGGUAUAACUACCAUUCGAGUUACUACGAUGACCCUAUGUGGAGGAUUCAGGACGACGACCAGUCUGUCGAUCUCGACGCAUCAUACGUAUUACAUGACACUUGCGAUUGCUUCGCAGGUGGAUGCGAUGACGGCAUCUUCAGCGAUUGCAGAUGGGAGGCUAUACACAUUGCUGCGAGCAAGGGACGGAUUGAUAUGAUUGAGGUUCUACUUGACGCAGGAGCCUCCAUAGAAGCGCCUUCAUGGGGUAUCUGCUUGUGUCGUCCACAUCUACCCCUCGACGCUUUCACCGAGUCCCCGGCUGUUGACGAAGGAGAGCUUGAAGACUUACAUGGAGGUAAUUGGACACCCCUGCACGUCGCUAUAUGUCACAAACAAUUCGAGACGGCAAAGUUUCUUCUAAAACGUGGAGCAUCCACAACUAUAUACCAGGGAAUUGACUUCGAGAUGGACCCCACCGCCUGGCGAGAUGACGACGUUGCUCGCGACUCAAGUAUGUUCAAGCUAACCGCACUGCACCAUGCUGCAAAAGAAGACAUGCUGGAUCUACUUAAGUUUCUCCUGGAAGAAAAGUACCAAGAAGAUAUUGACGUGGAAGGACCGUUCAUGGGCACACCACUAUUUCAAGCAAUAUGGUAUGGACACUGGGAUACAAUAGUUCCAUAUCUUCUUGAGCACGGGGCCAAACUCGACAGAAGACUAAUCGAGACGCGUUUGACGCCGCUAAUGAUGGCUUGUUUCUCUCGACGUUUCGACGACGCUGCCAAACUUAUUGAUCUAGGGGCCAACGUCACCACAUUAUCAGUGCAUCGCUUCAGUAUCCUUCACUUGAUCCUUGGGCCGCGUCAGCUACGGCCAGAAGAUUUCUUCGACCCUCUAAGGCCUCCUUCCAAGCACUCGAGCGAGACCUCCGAAGCUGAGAUCAUACAAAAAUUCAUCGCCAAAGGGUUCGACGUCAACGCACGGGAGGCCCUCAUCGGGAUGACGCCGCUGAUGGUCGCAAGUGCGAGCUGUAACACAGAUGCCAUGGAAGCGUUGAUCGAGGGCGGGGCCGAUGUCGAUGCACUUGACCACGACGGCCUGACUGCGCUUGCACGAGUUGGUGAGGCAGCUGAAGGUUCUGCUAUUCUGGGUUUGUGCGAUUCGGCAAAGAUACUGCUUGACGCGGGAGUUACUUUGCAAGACUCGAGGGAGGAGGUCACUCCAUUGAACGUCAUUUGCUCACGGCACUGCGAACCCUACUUCAACCGCGAAUGGGACAAUCAGCAUGCCGCUCUAGCCAAGCUGCUCAUUGAGCACGGCGCCGAUCCGAAUGAGAAGGGAGUUUCUGCGCGACGUCCUUUUACAGAGGCUAUUCUUAACGGAAACUUGAAUAUCGCGGGAACAAUUCUUGAGAAUGGUGGUCGACCGGAACAGGGUGAUCUUGAACAGAUUCUCACUGCAUCUGUGCAUGACUCGUAUGACGACGGAAAGACUGAGUUUAUACUGCUCAUUGAUUACGCCAAGCACGGUAUAAAAGGUCCCUCGGAAGGGUUCUUGGUAGACCUCUUGAAGACAGCUCUCAACAAUCGGCUUUGGACACGGGUGGCCGACCUGAUGAAGUCGGUACAGAUCCCCAGGGAAAUGCGCAAAGGACUCAUAUACCGCUGCUUACAGAAGCCAUCUCCGAUUGCCGAUGAGCCAUCGAGCCUGAUUCAAGUACUCCUUGACUGGGGUCAAGACCCCAACGAACUGUUCGAUGGUGAGCCUCCGCUGUACUACAGUUUCAAAUCCGGCUGCUGCUGGCGGACGACACCAGUCUUGGUGAACGGAGGUGCGGACAUCCACAUGUCGACAAAAGCUAUGCCAGAUGGAGCCCUCAUGUAUACCAUAACUAAUGGCUAUCAACCGCAAGCAUGUCAAAUUCUUGCAAAGCACCCUCAUGCACUCCGCGAUAAGCCAGAAAGAUUACAUCAACAAUGUUGGUCAUCUCUUAUUUACUGGGAAACCAGUUCGGGUCUUGCAGAGGUGGAAAGGCCUAUACCACAACUCAACUGGACUUUCACAAGCCGUCUCAUCUCGGCUGGUUUGAGAACCGAUGUUAGAACCGUUGAUGAUGCGGAUAUUAAGGAACUUGUAGAACAAGCAAUUCCGAAGAAGGAAAUCUUAAGGGUGGAGGGACGAAAAGUCCUUGAAGCUCUCGACAUCGUCUACGUUGAACCCUCGGUGGUAGAGAUGCUCAAUGCUGUCAUUGGGGAGGGCUCAGAGUUCGAGGAGGAGGAUUUCGAAUACGGCUCAGUGAGCGACGAGAUUGACGACCACUCAGAUUACUCAGAUCUCGAGAGUGAGGGUUAUGACGGCUUCGAUUUCUACCCCCCUUUCAUGGGUCCAAUGGAUGGAGAGGAAGAGGAAGGCGAAGAAGAAGAGGAAAACGAACAAGGCGAGCAAGGUGAACAAGGGGAAGACGGGUGGGAUGAAGAUCAUUCGAGUGAGUUCGACGACUAUGAUGAAAACGGGCAGAUGCCUAUACCAGUUCCCCUGCUAUUUGGGCUCUUGAUGUAA